AUGUCUUCAUUAAACACGGCUGAGGCUGUGACCAAAUUCUUGCGGUCAAAAACUGCCACUAUCGACCAAAUCAUAGAAACAUGCCUUUCCCUUCUUGAUAAUAGUACAGUUAACCAAGUAUAUCUUCCCAACAAAUGUACUUUUAUUCUUGAGUUGCUUAGUGACCGGUUGAAUGACUGGAGUAAUGGCCCGUUCAAACUGUGGAAAUACAAUAGUUCAAUCUGGCGUUUGCUAACAAAAGUAUGGGUUCUGUUAGCUUCGGAAGCUUCAAGCAAGACUUCGAGAAACAAAAUAUUUAAGAAAGUAAAGCUAGUUGAUAUCAUUAUAGACAUAUUGUCCAAUGCUCCGGAUCAGGAAUUGCUUCUGGAGCUCAUGAAUUUUGUUUCUUUGGCCAGAGAGGGCACUUAUAUCGAAAUCGAUGAGAAUAACUCUAUGAACAUGCUUAGCUCAUUCUCCAAUUGUAGUACUUUGCUCACAGCUAACGAUUCGGAUAUCGCCAGAUGGGUCUCACUCGUUAGAGACUUGUACCAAUUGCCUCGUCUUACGGUCAGCUUUUCACCUUCUAAAAAGUACUACAAGAAGUUCAUCACUACUUGUUCACCUAAUCUAUUGCAUUUCAUCGUCAUAUAUGGCACAAAGGGCUACAGUUCCAUAUUCAGAGAUAUCCUUGUCAAAGAGCUCUUCUUCGGCGAGUUGGUUUCCAACUUUGUUUCUGAUAUUGCCAGCGUCUUGAAAGAUGACAAGAUUCUAUUGGAAUCGAGUUCUGUUCAGUUAUUGUUCAAACUCGCUGUAGAAUUCGUAGCCUCGAAGGACUCAGCAUUGUGUGAAGAACUUUUCACAACCAUCAUUGGUAUCCCCAGAUUCUCCUCCUUGUCUGAAACACUACUUUCCAUUCUAGCCUCUGCUAAUAAAUCACUUUCUAGUAAGUUUUUCCUAGCAAUUUAUGAGUCGGAAUUCACAAAACAGAAGCAACAGAUCAACUGGAAUCUCACAAACUACUUGCUAGAACUUGACAUAGACUUGGCGAUGCAGAAAUGUGAAGAAGUCGUUACUAAGGCUCCCAAAAGCUCCCGAGAAUCUAUCGGUGUUUCUAUCCUUGAAGCCUAUGUUAAGGCUAGAGAAUUGCCCGAUUUCAUAGAGUCGAUUUGGCCACGGGCAAUUAAAGUUGAUCUCAUUUAUGCCCAGUCCUCUUUUAUCAAUGAAGUUUCCAAAAAUAUCAAGAUCUUGUCAUCUAAACAAUUGGGUCUUCUCAUUUCCGAUAUUUCGAACCUAGACGAUGCGAUUCAGGUUCCGUUGUUAACAGCCAUAUCGAAGGGUUUACUUAGCUGCCCUGUGUCUACUCAGGAUACCUUGAAACAAACACUUCUAGGAAGUAAGAACUAUUACAUGACCUCCAAGAAUACCAGAUGGGAAAUUUUGUUCUACUUGCUUUGUUUGUAUGGAAGAAAUGUCGACGUCCCAAUUGAGUCGUUGAAGAGCGAUACCACUCUUUACUAUUAUUAUUGCAUCUUACGUCUUCUUGAAUUGGGAAAGGAUUUUCCGGAUAUGAAUUCAUUUCUGAAAUCAUUUGCUUCUCUUCUUUUGAGUAAUCCAGAGUUGCUGAGAGUGGUUUUGAAGAGAUGGUUAGUUGUUAUUGACUACUAUUUUCCCAAGCCUCAAAUCGACUCUAUAAUUGCAUCUCUUGUAAGACACCUUCAUGAAUUUGGUGAGUUGUUGACACCAGUAUUUUUUGAAUGUCGCAAGUUACCAAAAUCAUUAAUUAAUUAUUGCAUUGACAAUGUCGAUACCGCCAUCGAAUUGACUACCCUAAUUCCUAUCUACUGUUUUGACAGAACUUCUAAGAAGAAGCUACUUGAAAUCUUCUUGGAACAAACAGGCAAGACCAUAAACGAAGAUAAGCAAACAAAGAUCAGACUUGCCAUCAAACAUUUGCUUGAGCAGCCUACUUUCACUUCUACGAUCGAAACUGAUUUCAGAAAAGCAUUAAAUUUGUUUAGAGUUUCCAAUUCCAAUUCAUUGCAAAUUGCUCAAGACAUCUUUAGUAUCAUUUGGAAGAACCACUUGAAUCAAAUAUCCAGCAAGCAGAAUGAAGCCGACGUUGUGGAUACUGUAAAGUACUUAACGAAGUAUUUCUCUUCCAAAAAGUUCAAAGGAAUUGAUGCUGAAUUCAGUGCUGCUGAAAUCAUCAUUAUGAAUAUCAAGAAAUAUGAUCAGAUAGAGUCCAGUUUACUUGUCCAUUGUGAAACCUUGAGGACCUACUUUUCCAAUGCUGUCAUAUCAUCGUUGAAGCAGCAGUUAAGCAAGAUGAAUAUUGACGUGGUUAGUAGACUUUUGAGGUUUUUGGAAUUAUCUGGCGACGAAUCUUCUGAUGAUGUAUUAAAAAUUGUAAAGGAAAUUGGUCUGAAGAUUGAAAAUGAUGAUGAUGACUCAUUAAGAGAGGUAAGGCUAGCACUCUUCACCUUGCUUUCUUCCAGACUCGAGCAUACGUUUGAAAACUCAGUAUACAUUUUCUCCUUGUACAUUGCACUUCAAGACGGUUUCAAUGUGGAUGCUUCUUUGGCGUUAGAUUCCUAUUUGCAAGUCUUAUCAUCCAAUUAUGCUCAAUUCUUGAAGUGCUACAUCUAUGUCCUUGGAUCUCUUGAAGAAGCACACGAUGAACAUUGUGAUGGCUUGCUGAAAUUGAUCCUCUUGAUGGUUAAAUAUUUGCAAAAGAGUCAUCUAGAAGAGAGUAAAAAAGCUUUCACAAGAACUAUUCUGAGUAUUAGCACCAAGAUUGGCUAUAUCCACGCGGAUGUUGCUGGCAUGAUCUUAGUUUCUCUCAAGAAUAGUCUCAGUGAGACUGCCUGGUUGUUUAGCCAGUACCUGCUUGAAAUGGUAUUUUCGUUGACGAAUCUGAUUGUCCUUCUGGAGAAUGGCAACAAUGCUAACAACUACAUUCUUGCUACCCAAGUCAUUUCUCAUGUGUUAUUGUUCCAUAGGUAUAAGCUCACUUCUCGUCAUCAUAUCGUCAUUAACACCUUUAAUGUGUUGAUGAGAAAGUUAAGUAUGAACAAGUCGGAUUUGGCAUUGUCUGAUAGCGAAGAAGCUGCUGCAUCCUAUUCAAGAUUGAUUGCCAACUUGUGUGAGCCUUCGAAGCUAGUUGUUUCGAGAGAAGUGGCCAAUGAGAAGCUUACUACGGCUACGUCGUUGAUCAAGAAGUCUCUCAGAAAGCAUGUACCUAUGUUGUUGAUCAAUUAUAUUUACCUCAACCUUCGGGUCAACUUCAAGAGCAACGUUAAUGACCAGUUGAUGUCUGGAAUCUACAGCAUAUUCGACGUACUCUCACAGAGCGAGCUUCAAUUGGUGAGUUUGUCUCUCGAUAUUCCUGGAAAAUCGUACUACAGAACAUUAUAUAAUAACUACAAGGACCACGGAAAGUGGAAAGAUACAUAA